AUGACGGACGUAGACGAAUCCACAGAAAUGUUCGUACCCCCAGGCCUGGUGCACGAGGCACACCCCGAAUUGUUUGACAUAAGGGCGAUGCCAGCACCCCCAAAAGAAGCCAGACUUGGACAGCUUCCUCAGCACUUAAUCAGACAGUUUUUUGAAGAGGGAUAUGUUCUGGUACCGGAUUUUUUCCGCCCCGAAGAGCUGGAACCUUGCCGCCGAGCAGUAGAGAGACAAGUGGAAAGAUUGGCACAGAAACUCUACAAGGCCGGCAAAAUCAAAGACUUGUACAGCGAGUAUGGUCUUUUCGAGCGACUGACCCAUAUAGACAAGGAGUUUCCGGGAGCCAACGUAAUCCUGCUGAAAUAUCCUGACCUGUGUGAUGAGUUUAAGGCACUGUGGACUAACGAACGCUUGUUAAACGUUGUGGAACAGCUUAUUGGACCCGAAAUCCACGGCCAUCCUCUCUGGAACCUUCGUACUAAAACACCUCAAAACGAGGCUACUACAGUGCCUUGGCACCAAGACGUUGCCUAUCUUGACAAUGACUGUUACACAACGCUUCAAGCAACCGCUUGGAUACCAUUACUAGACACAAAUGCCAACAAUGGAUGUAUGCAGAUGGUUCGAAGAGGUCACAGGGCAGGUCGGAUAGCCACUCACCAGUGUUGUGAUGGAGGAACCUGGUACGUCAUGCUGAAUGAGGAAGAGAUGGCGAAAAGUCUCGGUACAAACCCUGCCACCGAUUUUGUCACUUGCGAGGUUCCUUAUGGAGGGAUGCUGUUAUUCAAUAAUAUCAUUCCUCAUCGCAGCCUGAUGAAUUUGUCAAACGACAUCCGCUGGAGUUUUGACCUGCGCUGGCAGAAACCCAGUUUACCAAACGGGUUUUACGGCAAGAAGGACGGCGUCCUCAUGAGGACGGCAAAAGAUCCCAACUUUCAGAUAUCGUGGGAGAAAUUCGACAGUACCAUCCGCCACAAACUAUUUCGAAGUGCGGCAGUGGAGGUGGGUAAACUGCAAGGAGGAAGAGGAAGAAUUCGACACGACAGUUCCAGGACCAUGGAUGAAAAAAUGGGAGAUUGUGCACGUGAACCGUCACGUGGAAAGUUACAGGGCGGAUAGUGCCAGAUUUGACGAGGUCCAUUAACGAAUGCCCAACCUUGAAUAGUCCACGCAAAUUGGACACCUUGUAUACUCACGUGUAGUUAUGACUAAGAAUGUCGCUAUCCUGGUAAAAAGUUCAUACCUGACUGUCAUACUGGAUUUAAACUCAAUGAACCGAUGGUUGAUGCCAUUCAUUGGCGUCAUUUUUUUCAAUUUGAAGAAAUUUCGGUUUUAGAGCUGGUCAAAAAAUCAAAUUAGUCAGGAUAAAUUUAUUACGAUUAUUCGAUAGUGUAUUAUCACCUGAAGGUAACAGGAUUGAAUUAAAAUAACCGAUACGGUCAUGAAUUUCAUUAAUAUAUUCCUAGAACUACAGAAAUUAGGACAAGAACAAAGUAAAGACCAUUAUUUUCAAUAAGUGAACCACAGCCCCAACUGGAGUAGGGAUAAUAUGAUCUAUUUAUUCAUGACAGUUCAAGUCACUUGCAUUAUUUCUUAAUUGGCACAAGAUAAUAUUUAAUAUUUAUAAUAUUUUACGAGGGGCAUAGUUUUUAAAAGUAGCAGAAACAGUAUCUUAGAAUUAGCUAUUGUUUGAUUAAGAUUCUUUUUGAAGGAAUUUAGACCUACUGCCCAGCGAAUGAUCAAGAUUAUUCCAUUCCUGCAUGGCACUUAAAAAGAAACUUGUAUUGUAGAUACUGGUUCUUGUCCUUGGUAUAUUGAAAAAAUGUUCUAUGGUGACGCAAAUUAUGAAUAUUCUGCUAAUAAUUCAUUAAUGAUUCAAUGAUAUCAAACAAAUAAUCAGGUCAUGUGAUUCAUAAUUUUGUGCAUUAAAAUUAGGUUUUGCUUAUGACGCCUUUUUACCUUAUCCGUGUCUUUGUCCAGUUUAUAAUGUGAAAUACCACUUCUAAACCCAGUAAUAAUUUACAUUGCAUCAACCUGUACAGGUUCUAAUGAUUUAGAUACAGCAAUAGUGCAGUUGUCCAAAAUGAAAUCUGAAUUCUGACAAAUGAACAGUUUAAUUACAAGAGUUGUCCAUUCAACUUUGUGCUUUAUCAUAAAAAGAUUGUCGUUUUAUACUUUAUUGUAAAUAUCAUUAAUAUGAUCCUCCCAUGUGGCUUUUGAGUUAAAUACAUCCUUAUGUUUA